AUGUCUUCGGGAAAUGCCAAAAUUGGGCACCGUGCCCCCCAGUUCAAAGCAACUGCUGUAAUGCCAGAUGGUCAGUUCAAAGAUAUCAGCCUAUCUGACUACAAAGGAAAAUAUGUUGUGUUCUUCUUUUACCCUCUUGACUUCACCUUUAUGUGCCCCAAGGAGAUCAUUGCUUUCAAUGAUAGGGCAGAAGAAUUUAAGAAACUCAACUGCCAAGUGAUUGGUGCUUCUGUGGAUUCUCACUUCUGUCACCUGGCAUGGAUCAACACACCCAAGAAACAAGGAGGACUGGGACCCAUGAACAUUCCCUUGAUAUCAGACCCCAAGCACAUCAUUGCUCAGGACUAUGGGGUUUUAAAGACCAAUGAAGGCAUCUCAUUCAGGGGCCUUUUUGUUAUUGAUGAUAAAGGUAUCCUUCCACAGACCACCAUAUAUGACCUUCCUGUUGGCCUUUCUCUGGAUGAGGCACUGAGACUAGUUCAGGCCCUCUAG